GUGGGUGAGUUGGUGUCACGCCACACAGCAUUACCCGGCCUCAUGGGGGCACUAUGAUGUUUGUAAGUCCCAGGUUUAUGCAGAGGACCGGCUGGCCUGGCACUACAUGGCCUGCCAGCCUGAGGCCACUGAUAUGACCAAAUACCUGACAGUGUCUCUGGACCCACCCAACAUCACCUGCGGAGACCCACCUGAGAUGUACUGCGCCCUGGAAAACCCAUAUAUGUGUAAUAACGAAUGUGAUGCUGAUACCGAAGAGCUGGCCCACCCACCCGAGCUCAUGUUUGACUCUGAAGGACGAAACCCAACCACGUUCUGGCAGUCGACUUCCUGGAAGAAAUACCCGAGACCCCUUCAGGUCAACAUCACGCUGUCCUGGAACAAAACAAUAGAACUCACAGAUGACAUUGUCCUCACCUUCGAGUCUGGCCGACCCGAGCAGUUAGUCUUGGAGAAGUCGCUGGAUUAUGGUCGUACGUGGCAGCCAUACCAGUUUUACGCAUCUGACUGUUUGGAUGUCUUUACUAUGGAGCCAAAAGCAGUACAUCAGCUGACCCCAAGCACGAUGCUAGAAAUCAUCUGCACUGAGGCCUAUUCAACAGGCUAUGUGUGGAAGUACGAUAAGACUGUACGCUUCGAGAUCAAAGACCGCUUCGCCCUUCUUGCUGGUCCGAGACUGCACAACAUGGCUUCUCUGUAUGGGCAGCUGGAUACCACCAAGGACCUAAGGGAUUUCUUCACCCUCACUGACCUUCGCAUUAGACUUCUACGUCCUGCUACCGGAGCCACAAUGGUGGAUGAGAACAACCUUUCUAGAUACUUCUAUGCCAUCUCUGACAUUAAAGUGCAGGGCAGGUGCAAGUGCAAUCUCCAUGCCAACAGCUGUGUUUUUGACAAAGGGAAGCUGGGGUGCGAGUGCGAACACAACACCACGGGGCCGGAUUGCGCACGCUGCAAGAGACACUACCAGGGCCGAGCAUGGAGCAUGGGCUCCUACCUGCCCAUCCCCAAGGGUACUGCCAAUAUCUGUAUCCCAAACAAUCUUGGCACCUCUGUUCGACCAAAUGCUUCAUCACUUGGAGCAGCAAACCGAAAUCAAGCUCGAGUGUGUGACAACGUGCUCCUGCGCUGUCAGAACGGUGGCGUGUGUCACCACCACCAGCGCUGCCAGUGUCUGGCCGGUUUUGGUGGCGUACUGUGCGAGACGGCCCAAUGCCAGGGUGACUCUUGCGAGGAUCUGCAAUCCAGCCAGCUGUCCCUCCGCCCCCUGCCCGUGGCCCAGACUCUCCCGCUGACUCUUCUAUCUCUCAUCCCCUCCCUGCUGGCCACCCGGGGCCUUACAUCACUCUGAGGGGAACGCUUUUGCCCCAAAGACAUUCUCCACGGGGGCUCCAAUCAUGACUUCCUGUUA